CAGUGGCCGCAAAACAGAGAAGAGCGGAACGAUCUAUCAUUGGGAAGCGAGAUUGGCUUAUGUUGGAGUGGACGAUCUUGAUGAGGACAGCGAAGAGAACCAGGAACAUGAUGAGGGGCUGACACUCGAAAGGAGUUGUGGUGUUAUGAGGUACAAGGAUUGAGCGCCAACCUUGACUAAUUGCCAAUUCUGUCGGGUGGCUCUUGUAGAAGUCUACGGAAGUGCUGGGACAAUCACAGACUCUUGUUCGAGGCAGAAGACACCGGAACAACAACACAACACAACACACAGACCGCCGACGACACGUAUAAAAAGACUCCGACAUCCCAGCUUCCUCUUAUUCUCACCUCAGCACAAUUCAACCCGAAACAAAGCACACAUUCAAGAUGGUAGACCACGAAGAAAACAACAACGAACCUGAAGGUUCGCUCUCGCCCAACAUGGUCGCUCGUCUCCGCACCGCCAUCGCAAACAAUCCUCAGCGCACCACUUCCUUCCUCGUCACCACUCUCCUGACCAUCUGUCCUGCUCUUCUGACUGGUCCUCUUCUCGCCCUGCUUGGCUUCGGCGGUCUCGGCCCCGCUGCUGGUGGUCUCGCUGCUGGCUUCCAGGGCUGGUUGGGUACACCUUGGCUCUUCCGCGUCCUUCAGAGCGCUGCCAUGGGUGGAUGGGGUUCUGCAUUGAUUCAGGGCAUCGUUCGUGCUUUCUCGGCUGGUGGCUUGGUUCUCGCAUUGAUCAAGAAUAUUCUUGGUCGUGAUGAGGAGGGAGAAGACCACGAAGAAGAAAACGAAGGAGACAACGAGGAGUGACUUUGGCUGAUCCUACUGUGUAUCUGGAUUGGUCGAGUUGCUGAGAACGAAAAUAUGCAGUCGCACUCAAGUGUCUUACAUCCGAACGGCGUCGCACUCUCCUUCAUCGUAGCUCCGCAUAGAGGUGC